GGCCGGAGGGAGGCGGAGGCGCAGUGGUGUAACUGCUGAGGAGUCUCCUCCAUGUGACAGUGAGCGGCGUCCCGGUUCCAGGCGACGCCAGAUUCUGGUUCCCGACCCCAAGCCCCGUCCACUGUCCCGGCGCCAGCAGACACCGGCAGGCCGGGGGCCCACGGUGUUGUCCGGAGGCCGCGGGCGCAGAGUGAGUAGCCGCCGCCGGGCAGGUGCCUGAGGGACAGCCUAGACCCCGACGUCUCCCGAGAGGCGAGCGGCGCGGCGAGCGGGGCUUCUGUCAGCGCGUCUCCGCGAGCGCGGGGACAUGAACGGCUUCACGCCCGAAGACAUGAGCCGCGGCGGGGACGCGGCCGUCGUCAUGGCCGCCGUGGUCGCCGCUGCUGCCGCCGCCGCCGCCGCCUCGGCUGGGAACGGGGCCGGCGCGGGCGCCGGGGCCGAGGUGCCGGGCGCCGGUGGGGUCUCGGCAGCGGGGCCCCCGGGAGCGGCCGGGCCGGGCCCGGGGCAGCUGUGCUGUCUGCGCGAGGACGGCGAGCGGUGCGGCCGGGCGGCGGGCAACGCCAGCUUCAGCAAGAGGAUCCAGAAGAGCAUCUCCCAGAAGAAGGUGAAGAUCGAGCUGGAUAAGAGCGCAAGGCAUCUUUACAUUUGUGAUUAUCAUAAAAACUUAAUUCAGAGCGUUCGAAACAGAAGAAAGAGAAAAGGGAGUGAUGAUGAUGGAGGAGAUUCACCUGUUCAAGAUAUUGAUACUCCAGAGGUUGAUUUAUACCAAUUACAGGUGAAUACACUUAGGAGAUACAAAAGACACUUCAAACUCCCAACCAGACCAGGACUUAAUAAAGCACAGCUUGUGGAGAUAGUUGGUUGCCACUUUAGGUCAAUUCCAGUGAAUGAAAAAGACACCUUAACAUAUUUCAUCUACUCAGUGAAGAAUGACAAGAACAAGUCAGAUCUCAAGGUUGAUAGUGGUGUUCACUAGGAGAGAUGGAAUUGAGAGUAAGACUUGGAUGUUCAUGUUAAGACUGCUUACUGCUUUUUCACAUGUAGAAAUGUUCCUUGUGUAUUUUUUCUACAGAAGAUUUUCUCUGGUUUUAUUUUCUUUGUUUCUGAGUCUAAUAUUUAGUUGGAAACUCAUGUAAAAUGAGCUUUCCUAGAUUAAAAAAUAUUUUAAAUAAAGGUUAUUACUAUUAUAGUUGCUUCAGUGUAUUUAUUUUGUGAAACUUGAUUUUUAUUUUAAACUGACUUUUAUUUAGGGACCAGUAUUAAUUGAGAUUUUAAUGUGAAGAUUAUUUUGUUACCUUUUUUCUUUUUUUUAAUUCUGAGGAACUAACAGAAGUAACAGAUGUAGCACAUUUGCUUUCUCUGGGACAGUCUGAUUUGGAAUUAAGGAUAUCCUAAAUACUAUUAUUUUUUAAAGUGCUUUUUAGUACUAACAGGUUUGAAAUAUCAGGAAGAACAAAUAGUUUAAUGCCUGCCUCCUUCCAAAGAAGACGUGAUGUGUCAGCAAAGGUAAACACAGUGCUGAAAAUUGAAACCUGAACAUAGAAUUAAAUAGUUUGUUGUUUCUUUAAAUUUUGUUUUAGUGAAAAGGUAUUUAUAUGGCACAAAUAUAGAAAGAACCUCUGCCCUGCCCCUUAAUUUUCAGUCAUGUUCUGUACUGUUUACACUGCAGAUUAAAGCUAAUAAAUUGGAGAGAUCUAGAAAUCUAACAAGAUCUUAAAAUUUUGGUCAUACAUAGCUCUGACUUGAGUUCUAUUUUAUUUCCUUUUUAUAUUUCAUUCUCUAUCAGUUUUCUCUUAAAUAUUUUUAACCUCUGCUUUUCCUGAGAUUGUAUUAUUUAACCAGGGUCUUAGAGUUACAAAUCAAAUUUAUAGCUUGUGACAUCAGAACAGAACAACAGUUUCAGUGAAGUGUUCUGAGAUUGUGGUACAAAUUUCAGGAUGGAAAUGGCCGAGACCAUUAAUGUAGCUCAGGAUAUCUCAAGGUUGACAUUUGGGCCUGAUAAUUCUUUAUUGUGGGAGGCUGUCCUUUGUGUUGUAGGUUUGGCAGACUCACCGGAGUCCACACACUAGAACCAGUAGAGCUCCAAAAGUGAUAACCGAAAAUAUCUCUAGACAUUGUCAAAUGUCCCUGGUGGGGACAGAAUCACCCCUGAUUGGGAACUGCUAUGUAGCCAAAUUUAAAGAACAUGCUGGUUCAAAAACAAAAAAAAAAGAGAACAUACUGGUUCAAUAGAAGGAUUAGUACCUAAUCCCAGUAAACAAAAAUAUUCAAGGAGUCCCUAUGGAUUAUGAUGAGGAAAAGAAAAAUUUUAUCAAGAAGAGAUGAGCUAUUAGUGAAUAAAGUACAAAGAGAGUGAGUGGGAGGACUUUUGCCACAAGAGCAGCAAAGACCAAGAAGCGCUGUUCACAACAGCCAAGACAUGGGAGCACCCUAAGUGUCCAUCAACAGAGGAAUGGAUAAAGAAGGUGUGGCACAGAUAUACAAUGGAAUAUUACUCAGCCAUAAAAAAGAAUGAAAUAAAGCCGUUUGCAGCAACAUGGAUAGACCUAGGGAUUAUCAUACUAAGUGAGCACGUGGGAUCUUCAUUCCCCGACCAGGGAUUGAACCUGUUCCCCCUGUAUUGGAAGCGCAGAGUCUUAACCACUGGACCAUCAGGGAAGUCUCCGCAGUUGGAUCUUUAUGUUUAGGGUACGGGUAGUUGAGAAAAGGGGAGAUUCUGUUAACUUUCGAAGGUUUGGACCUUUGGAUGGAUGAUGCCAUUACUCAUCUCGGAAAAAGAAUAAAAAAGAAGAGUAGUUUCGGGUGGAGCAGGAGUGGAGAGAGGAGGGUGGUUAGUCUGUGAACGUGGAAUUACUUGAAGGAGCCCUGGGUGUAACUGGGGAUGUUUAGUAGGCGGUUGGCUAAAUGGACUUGGAGCUCAGAAAAGAAAUAUGAGCUAGAAAAUCAGAGUUUAUCCGCUAGUCAACUAACCAUCAACUAAGUAAGUGAUCGAGUUAUUCAACUAAAUAAUAGUUGAAGCCAUGGCUGUCCCAGUUAAAGAAGCUGAGCCUGUACUCUGGGUGCCAGGCAAUUCACACGUCUGAACUCAUUCACUCUUCCUUAUGACCCCAUGAAGUCGGUCCGCGUAUCGGCCCCACUUUAUAAGAGGGGACACGUCGGAGAUGUCAGGGAACCUGCCCAGGAUCACACACACGCAGCCUGCAGCCUGCAGGUUCUGAGUCUAGUGCCCAUGCGCUUCCCCACGUGCCGGGAAUGGACUCUGAGCGAGAAGAGAACUGGGCUGAGGUCAGAAUCACAGGGGCCACUGGCGUUAAGGGAUGAGCAGAGAAUGGGAGUGGUAGAAGAAUUCGGAGGGUUGGCAUGGAAGUCAAAGGAAGGCGUUUCCAGAAGGGAGGUGAGUGGAACGACCUGCUGACAGCUGUUCUAGGGAAGCCAUGUGUACACACCCUGGGAUGGAGGAGCACACAGCCAAGUGAAGACCUGCAAAACCAGACUCAGUCAGCAGCCUGAGAGAGCUCGAAUCUCCAAGCUCCACUUCACUGAGGCUGGAGCAAGUGGCAUGGGAUCCAAGAAACAGGGAGAAUUAUUGAACACUGUUAAACUAGAAACAUCUGUAACUCUUCAACCUGAUGUCCAUGGCACAGAGUUGCCCAUUUGGGAAGCAGUUGAGUUGCAAACCAAGGCCUGCAAUUAGAGAGGUUACCGUUGAGACUUUUUUUCCCCUAAUAUUGCAAUAUUUAUUUAUUUAUUUGACUGUGCUGUGUCUUAGUUGCGGCAUGCGGGAUCUUUCAAUUGCGGCAUGUGGGAUCUUUAGUUGUGGCAUGUGGGAUCUUUUAGUUGCAGCAUCUGGGAUCUUUAGUUGUGGCAUGUGUGGAACUAGUUCCCUUACCAGGGAUCGAGCCCAGGCCCCCUGCAUUGGGAACGUAGAGUCUUAACCACUGGACCACCAGGGAAGUCCCGCCCUUGAGACUUUUAAUUUGGGGCUCAAAUUUUUAAAAAUCUGAAACCAGUAUUUGUUUUCUUGUAUAUGGAAACUUAAGGCAUUUUGUUUUAUUUUGUUUUUUCCUGAUGGCCUGUUACUGAGACCUCUUGUUGAGCCCUGGUUUAUGUUGCUCUGGAGACCAUCUGUCUCUUUGAGACCAGCUCUGGAGCUUCCCAGAGUAAACUUCUCAUGUGAGGCUUAAAUCCUGGAGUUGCUGAGGGUAGGGUGUGGAGAGAAGCAGCAGCGGUUUCAACCUUCGCAGCCUCCUCCCAGGAGAGAAGGAGGACCUGUUUUAUUGACACUUAGGAAAACUUACUCCACCAAGGAGCCUCCAGUGAAGCCCUUGAGGAGACAGCAUUAUUAAUCACCAAGGGGCUGUCACCUACGAUGUCAAGCAGAUGCUGCUGCAGCUGUAGGAAGGGACCUGCUUCCCAGAGGCCCUCGUACUGGAAUUAGGAUGCACUUGGGAACUGGCAGGAUGCCAGACAGGCAGCCGUGGCUGUAACGGGGCUCAUGGCGGGGAUCUUCUUGCUCAGAAACUUGUCAUCAGAAGAGCAAACACAUGGCCUCCUUUACCUGGACACGGACAUCCUAGAAUCAGCCAUGUCCUCAAGGAAUGCUGGUUCCUUUUAUUGGAGAAUGGAUUGGAAACGCAGACCCAGGCACUAGAUGGACUCACUGCCUCUGGAGUGUCAUAACUUCUGGGCCCUCUCUGCUGAUGGAGCUGGGAAAUAUAGGUGCAUAUAGUAAUCUAUGUGCACACAUCUGUAGAAUCCGAGUGACUUGUGCUGAUUGGACCAGCAAGGCUGAAGUGUAAAAUAUCCUGCAUCAGGAAAGCUUCAGCAGUGUAUGCUGGGCUUCCCUGGUGGCUCAGUGGUUAAGAACUCCCCUGCCAAUACAGGGGACACAGGUCCGAGCUCUGGUCCAGAAAGAUCCCACAUGCAGCGGAGCAACUAAGCCCGUGUGCCACAACUCCUGAGCCUGCACUCUAGAGCCCGCGAGCCACAACUGCUGAGCCCACCUGCCACAACUACUGAAGCCCGUGUGCCUAGAGCCUGUGCUCCGCUACAAGAGAAGCCACUGCAAUGAGAAGCCUGUACACCACAAUGAAGAGUAACCCCUGCUCGCCACAACUAGAGAAAAGCCCACGCGCAGCAACAAAACACCCAACGCGGCCGAACAGAUUAAUUAAUUUUCAAAAGAAACAGUCUGGAGAAACAGCAAGACGGAACAAGACAUUGAGCCCCUAGAUCUUCUUGCCUUGUUCCCGGAAUACUCUCAAUUAUGCCAGUACAGGUAGCCUGUUCUUAUUCCUGUUUCACCGACGGACAAGAAUUCUGACCCCAAGAGAACGAAAAUAUUCUGAGGAGCAAGCUUGAAGGUAACUAAGUAAGUUCAACCUAUUCCAACUGUUAUUUUUGGUUUGCAUUUGCCAGGUGAAUUGCCAUGACACGUGUGGUAAUGAUUCCUUAUCUUUACAUUUGCAUGUUGUUUGCUGUUAAAAAGUAGGAUCCUUGUUUGAAAAAGUUGAGGAAAUUGUUGGACUUCACCCUUUUGUUUUUGUUCUGCAGGAAUUAGAUUUUGUUCUGUGUGUAUGUUUACAUUUGUCUUGCAUAUAAGUUUGCUGGCUAUGAGAUCUAUCUGGAUGUAUGUGUUUCAUUAUGAUUAGGUGUCUUUGUCUUUGGAUAGUAUUGCUGAGGUUAACUUGUAAAUGAGCUCUAUUUAAUAGACUUAAAAAGUAAAUGCUUACAAAUUAAAUACUUACUACUAUUUAGAAAACAGGCCAAAAUGAACUUCAGGUCCUCAUGAUCUGGGAAAUAUUCAGUAUGGAAUUGAUAUCUGGUAUUGAAGCUAGCUUAAGCUUGUUGGUUUGACUAAUACAGACAUGUCUUUUAGAAAAUUCAAACUAUUUAGGAUAAACCUUAUAACCAGCAAUAGAAAUUUCUAGUAAGAGUUUCCGAAAAGUAAGUAUAAACUGUGAGAGAUGCCUUUAACAUUACUUACUUAGGAUGCUUUUAAAUGCUUGUAAUAGAAAACACAACUAAAAGUAUCUUAAACAAUUACGACUAAUUCCUAAUGGUUCCAGCAUAGAUUCAGUCAGUGAAUCAGUGACAUCAAGGAUCCAGGUUCUUGCCAUAUUUUCCUCUGCCAUUUUUACAUGUCAGUUUUGUCCUUGGAUUUGUUCCCUCAUGAUCCUAAGACAGCUUCCACGGCACCAGUCCUCAUCCAACAAUGACCAGAUUCAGGAAAGUAUGAACCUUUUGUCCCUUUCAAGAGCAAAGGAAACCCAAAAGUUCCCUUAUUUGCCUUCACAGUUCUUAAGCAAGGUUGCACCUGUAUUAAAUCAAAUAUUGCCAAGAAGAAAAGGAAUUACACCAGGAUUGCUUUAACCUAAUCCUCAUUCACCCACUGGGGCUAAGGAGGGACCAAUGAAAAUCAUGGGCCUAAUAACUGAACAGUAUUGGGGUUCUCUUGGCAAGGAAGUAUGAAGGCAGUUGUUGGUGUGGUCAAUACAGACAUGUCUUUUAUUGUGCCUGGGUUUACUGAGGGUGAAUGGGUUUAUGUUGUUUCUGUUGCAGUUUGUCAACAGAAAAAAAAAUUAGCUUGGUAUGAUGAAAUUCUUAUAAGUAAAUUAGAUGCAAAUAGGAUGAGAGCUUUUGGGUGACCUCUUUAGAAAUGGCUAUGAUUUGGGAAUGUCUGCUUAAGGGUGGUCCCUCCAGAUAUUUGGUAACUUAAAUUUUAGAGUUGUGCUAGUUUGGGUUGGAUGACGGGGGAUACUGAAUAGCUAGGUCAUUCCCAGGCAGGGUACUGAAACAUUAAGUACUGAAUAUAGAAGCUAAAGGUGUCUGGGACUAUGUUUGGUAUCACACUAUUUUCUAUAAAAAGCAGAUGUUUUAAAAAAUUAUUAUUAGGCUUCCCUGGUGGCCAGUGGUUGAGAGUCCGCCUGCCGAUGCAGGGGACACGGGUUCGUGCCCUGGUCCGGGGAGAUCCCACAUGCCACAGAGUGGCUGGGCCCGUGAGCCAUGGCCGCUGAGCCUGCGCGUCUGGAGCCUGUGCUCCGCAACGGGAGAGGCCACAACAGUGAGAGGCCCGCGUACCGCAAAAAAAAAAAAAAAUUAUUGUUGUUUGCCAACCUACAGAAUGCUAAAGGACAGUUAAUAAUUGAUCGCUUCUUGGAUUUCACUAGAAAUUAAGGGUUUUUUAGAGCUUUGGAUUCAAAUUUAAAUAUGUAAUUAAAGCUACUAAAAUAAUAAAGGAAACGUUUCAGUAUACAGCAGGAAAGUAGGAUAUAUGUUUUUUUUUAAAGGGAGUUUUACACAUGGUUGGGCUGAGACUAGGUUAAACUUAAGUAAGUAAAUGGAUUUUGUUAUUAAAAAUAGGCUGGUGCAAGACUCGAUUUGGUCCCUCUCUACUAAGGGAACAAGUUUACUUAGAAUGCUUUUUUUUUUAAUUUUUAUUUAUUUUUGGCCGUGUUGGGUCUUCAUUGCUGCGCGUGGGCUUUUCUCUAGUUGCGGUGAGCAGGGGCUACUCUUCAUUUGGUGCUGUGGCUUCUCUUAUCGCGGAGCCUGGGCUCUAGAGCACAGGCUCAGUAGUUGUGGCGCACGGGCCCAGUUACUCCAUGGCAUGUGGGAUCCUCCUGGACCAGGGCUCGAACCCGUGUCCCCUGCAUUGGCAGGCGGAUUCCCAACCACUGUGCCACCAGGGAAGUCCCUAGAAUGCUGCUUUUGAUAACAGAUUAUGUGAACUUCCUUGCCUGUAAGUGAUCUAUAUUUGUUUCUGAGAUCUCUUCUCACUUUGGUUAAGAAACAAGUGUUGUCUUACAGUGACCUGUGAUCUUAUUUGACCAAGUGUUUUGAAACUUUUUGACGAACUUCCCAAAUACCAAAUUUUAAUUAAAAUUCUUUUGCCCUCCAGCUAACUUCGGGAUGCUUUAGCAGGCCCUUGAUGCAUCUUAGAGAGCAGUAUUUAACUCGUAUUAUUUGGUAUGUUGAAUUACAUGGGAAGCAUCGUCAAGUGGGUGAUAAGCCUCCUCAGAUUAUACAGUACAGAUAAAUGUUAUUAUAAUAUAUUCUAGAAAUUAUGUAAAGUUUCUGAAAUGUAGAUAUGUCCUGGUAUAAUGCUAUCAGUCACAAUUCUGGUUAUCUUAAAAUGUUGUAUAUCGCAGCAACUUGACUAAGCUUUUUUGUUAACACACUGUAAUCAGAUCUUUAACCUUGCCUUUUAAGUCUUUGAUAGACAGUUAAGCUGAUGCUUUGCAAACUUGCUUCAUCUUCAAGAAGAUUCAUAGGAAGGACUAAUAAAUUUUAGAUAAUACUUUUUUUUCUUUUUUUUUUUUU